ACGGCGCAGCCCGACCGAAAAGUGUGCGUCCGCGCGCCGUGUGCGUCGAGAGUGUCCCCCGUCAAAAUCCCAAAACCGACCGUACGUCGCAGACCCAGAGAGAAAGCGAACCCGGUCUGUCGUGUGUGCGUGCGUGUGAGAGACUCUUGCGGUGCUCGUCGUCGUCGUCGUCGUCAAAGUCGCAUCGCCGCAAAAAGCCUACCGUAAAAACGGGCCGAAAGGUGCAGCGGGGCCGUCACUAAGGGUCGGACACGGGGAGUCCCUUGCGCCCCUUCCGUUCAGGUAGCGGAGCACCGCCGCGUGCGACACACCCCGCGCGUACGACGAGACGGAUGUGCAGUGCCGCCGGCGACGUUCGCGUACACUGUUAUCGGCGUGGAGAGGAGUGCAUCAUCCGACGACGGUCCGGUGAACGCAGCAUCGUCCGCGUGGACCCCGCUGAGUGUACGGUGGUUGUGUGCCAAGUGGCCGCGGUGGUUCAGUACGUUGUGGUAGCAAAGCCAUCCCCGUGUCUCAGGCCGACACUACACCACAGCCGUAAUUAAUGGACACGGGUCGUCCGCGACCCGAAUCGCCGGGUGACGAAAACCUUCAAGCUGGAACUAAUGGAAUUGGAAAACAUCGUCGCCAAUACCGUCUAUUUAAAAGCCAGAGAGGGUGGUUCCGAUAGUAAUAAGGGCAAGAGCAAGAAGUGGCGCAAGAUACUCCAGUUCCCCCACAUCUCACAGUGCAUCGAUUUCAUUAAUAAAAUAGAUUGUCGUUACGAGUACGUGGUGGACCAGCAGCCGAUCGGUAAGCUGCUGUUCGACCAGUGGUGCGAGUCGAAGGGCCAGGAGUACAAGCGCUGCCUCAAGUUCCUCGACGCGGCCAAAAGCUAUGAGGUGGCCACCGACGAGCAACGGCUCGAGCUGGCCGACUCGAUCAAGCGCGAGUUCAUGGUCGGCAAGGAGGGCGAGGAGACGGUCGCCCUGCCCGAUCUCGGCCAGGUCUCCUUUACAUGUGAUAAACUGACCAACGGGCACAAGGACCUUUUCGCGCCCUGCGUCCAGGCGGUAAAACAGUGUCUGGCCGGAGAGCCGUUCAGGGAGUUCACCAAGUCCAUGUACUUCCACCGUUAUCUGCAAUGGAAGUGGCUCGAGGCGCAGCCGGUCACCUACAAGACUUUCCGCAUGUACCGCGUCCUAGGCAAGGGCGGCUUCGGCGAGGUUUGCGCCUGUCAGGUGAGGGCAACUGGCAAGAUGUACGCGUGCAAGAAGCUGGAGAAGAAGCGCAUCAAAAAGCGUAAGGGCGAGGCAAUGGUGCUGACCGAGAAGCAGAUACUGCAGAAGAUCAACUCACGGUUCGUCGUGAAUUUGGCUUACGCCUACGAGACUAAAGACGCUUUGUGUUUAGUGUUGACGAUUAUGAACGGUGGUGAUCUCAAGUUUCACAUAUACAAUAUGGGCGGCGAGCCCGGUCUGGACAUUGCUAGGGCGAAGUUCUACGCCGCCGAGGUUAUCUGUGGGCUCGAUCAUCUACACCAACAGGGCAUUGUAUAUAGAGACUGCAAACCAGAAAACAUUCUACUUGACGAUGCAGGUCAUGUGAGGAUCUCUGACUUAGGUUUAGCUGUAGAUAUACCGGAAACGGAGACGGUUAGAGGGAGAGUCGGCACUGUUGGAUACAUGGCACCCGAAGUGAUAGACAACGAGCGGUACACGUUCAGCCCGGACUGGUUCAGUUUCGGUUGCCUGCUGUACGAGAUGAUCGAGGGCCAGGCGCCGUUCCGCGCCCGUAAGGAGAAAGUCAAACGGGAGGAGGUCGACCGUCGCGUCAAGAACGAACAGGAGAAGUACUCGAACAAGUUCAACGAGGAUGCAAAGCACCUGUGCCAGCAGCUGCUCGCCAAGUCGCCGCUCGCGCGACUGGGCGGCAAGGCGGGACGUCACGGUGCCGCCCUGAUCAAGCAGCACCCGUUCUUCCAGCAGCUCAACUGGCGACGGUUGGAGGCGGGAAUGGUCGAGCCUCCAUUUGUACCUGAUCCACACGCCGUUUAUGCGAAGGACGUCCUGGACAUCGAGCAGUUUUCAACGGUGAAGGGUGUGAACAUCGACGAGAGCGACUCGUCGUUCUAUAGUAAAUUCAGCACCGGCUGUGUCUCGAUACCGUGGCAGACCGAAAUGAUCGAAACCGACUGCUUCAAGCAGCUGAACGUUUUCGGCACGAACAACACCCGCCCAGAGGACCUGAUCCUCCAACCGGACGUUUCGUCGGAGAACGACGGAUGUUUUCCAUUCAGACGGAAGAAAAAACAGCUACCCAGGACGAAACCCAUCCCCAUAAACCCCGCCUUGCUGCCCCAAAUCAUUUCCGCGAAGUAAAGCGACAAAACUGGUAUUUUAGGCACAAACAUUUUUUAUACGUUAUUUAAGAUAUAUUUUGCUACCGUGUUAUUUAAAUAUAUUUAUUUUCUUUUCUUGGAAAGUAUUACAACUGUUUGUCUUUUCACGUUCGCCGUGAGAAAAAAUUAGACAUAGUUUCUUUUUUUUAAUUAAUCCGCACAAAUCAAUACGUGAACAUGAACUGAUUUGAUAUUACAUAAGUUACGUGUUAACAAUAGAUUUAAUUUUUUAAAUCUAUCUACCAAAAUGUCAACGAGUAUACCGGAAGAAUAGUGUGUUUGAAAUUGCUUAUCAAUUUCAAUCUUCAUUUGGUUCUUUUGGGGUAUAUGACUAACGCUUGUCUUUUUUUAUAUGUAACUACAGAAUUUUGGAUUUCUGAAAUCAGCAAUUCUGGCCAUUAGAAAUCCCAAUAAGUACAUUUUACUAGUCUAUCAUAUUUACAUCAAUUUUUGAUUUACACCAGUGAAUUUUGAUUUCAGUCUGGUCUUCAACUAUAAACUGCCACUGUUUCAUACAGCUUUGGGCUCUAUUAAAAAAAUGUUUUCUUGAUUGAAUAGUUCUUGAAAGAAAUCUGAAAAUUUGUAUUAAUAAUUUGGUGAAAAUGUCAUAAUUUAGUGUCUGUAGUCGACCAAUCAAUUAUUGAACCCAUCAGCAAAACCCAUGUAAAUAUGACUUUAAGUGUUGAGCAUGCAGACAAGGUUCCAUAUUGGUAGAUGAUCACUUUUUUAAUAAUAUACCAAAUGAUUUUUUUCUACUUUACGAAUAAUAUGUUGUAUUGUGAUUUUAUAUACCUCUUUUUUAAGUGAGAUUUAUUAUUAGGCGUCAUCUGCUGAAAUGGGAUACAUCUAGAUUACGGGUUAGAUAUCACAAAAAAUAUUAGAGCGAGGAAAUCUGAAUGUCGUUUUAUUUCAUUCCAGAAGAAAAACACGAAACAUACUGUAAGCUGAAUAUUAUCUAGAAUUGAUGUAUUAAAAAGACCAUUAUAUUGUUUUAUUGCGAAAA